AUGGAGGCCGUGCUCGCCACCGUGGACGAAUGGCGAUUUAACGCGUUUAAGCUGGCGGAGGUGACUCAGGGUCAUCCGCUCUCGGCGCUGGGCUUCUGGCUGAUGAAGCGAUAUGACCUGAUCAACAUCUUUCAGUUAGACGCAACGAAGCUCGCUCGUUUCCUGCGCAAGAUUGAGGACGGCUAUCCAGAUAACCCGUACCACAAUAAGACGCACGCGGCGGACGUGCUGCAGGGCAUGCACUGCCUGCUCACGCGCGGCGGGUUACACAGGCGAUUGGGGGAGGAUGUGGCGAUCUUUGCCAGCUACCUGGCCGCCAUUACGCAUGACUACGAGCACAAGGGGCUUAACAAUGACUUCCUAGUGCGGGUGGGAGAUGAGCUGGCCUUCACAUACAAUGACAUUUCGCCUAUGGAAAAUCACCACAUUGCAGCAGCCUUUAAGCUCAUGCGCCAGAAGGAUUACAAUUUCAUCAAGAAGAUUCCACGCGAAAAGUGGGUGCGCCUGCGGCGGCUGUUGAUCGACAUGGUCCUGGCUACGGACAUGAAGCAGCAUUUUAACAUCCUGUCCAAAUUCCAGUCGAAGCUGCAGGUGAAGCUACGAAGCACCAACUUCGCAGCUCCCAAUCUCUCGCACCUGGAAUCCCCAUCACAUGAUGACCCCCUACCCAUCUCAGACGAUGACGCGGACAAGUCGCUGGUGUUGCAGGUGGGUCUCAAGUGUGCGGACGUGGGGCACCUAGCGGCACCGUGGGAGGUGCACCACCGAUGGGUGAGCGGCCUGGAGGAGGAGUUCUUCCGGCAGGGUGAUAAGGAGAAGUCCAUGCACAUGAUGGUCUCGCCGCUCAUGGACCGUUGUAAGGACGGGAUUACUAAGUCGCAGGUGGGGUUUUUCGACAUUGUGGCGUUACCGCUGUUUUACAGCUGGGCAUCGGUGUUUCACGAGGCUCUUCCACUUGUGCGGGCGGUGGAAGACAACUGCAAUCGGUGGCGAUCGCUAGAGAUGGGCCGCAACGCUGGCUCCAAAUGAACCGGGCCGCAGUUUGCGCAGUAGCAGUAGGAGCGAAGCAGGAGCUGUAGGAGCAGCGGCAUAUGGAGCAGCGGCAGCGGUGAUGGCUGUCAUAGCUAUCUGGCGGCGCGUUACACGGAUGUUGACGGACGUGGGAUAUACACCCCAGGGAAUGUUGCCCGGCACGCGAAAAGCCCUGCUUUGGGACAGGAGGGCGAAUCUAAAGUUAAGCAGCAGCGUGCAGCAGCUGGUCCCGGUUCAAAGUAGUGUCCAUGACGUGUUGACCUAACGCCUGUGUUGUAUGGCGCCAUCUGCGCGAAUUUUGCCUACGCUUUUGCCGCGCUCUGCAUUACGGUGGGGGGGCAUUCGUUAUUCCUGUUAAACUGGUCGGUGGAAGCUGUAGUUGCAGGCGCUUCUAACAAAUAUGAGAGCAUACGGGUGUCGAUUCCUGUGUGGUUGUUGGAAGAGCAGGUGGGCCGGGAGGGGCCCGCUGAUUUGGUCAUACUCUUUAGUAUGCUCCAGCAUGUUGGACGGUUGUACCUCGUCGGGUAGGCUGGAGCUGGCGCAUGCAUAUCGCAUGGGGCCGUAAUCCCGGGCGCCUGUCUCACCUGAUCAGCGGCACUAAGGCUGUUUGACUCGCGAUGGUUAGUCAUUCUUCCCCUGAUGGUGGUGCUUCGUCCCCUGAUGUAUCGCACCGGCGCAGUGUGUGGCUGGUUGGGCCAGGCUUCAGGAAAGUUGAGGUCCAUUUGCGGUAUAAUCGGACGCAUUUCACCUCGGCUGUGUUUUU